AUGCAAUUCACCGCUGAAGUUGAUAGACUGAGAAAGCUAUUAGAAGCUUCCUUUAUCGAUGAGGGUAUACCUCUCGAACAUGCCACUGGUCUAAGCACUAAAGAGGCAAUAGACACAAUGAUAAAUCGUGCUGAGCACGAAAGUAUAAAAACAGUACUGGAAGCAGGGACUUGCACCACUAUGGAUGCAGCGAUUAGCGCAUACAUAAGAACGAGUACAAGAGUUACCGGUGACAUCAAUAAAGUGAUGUACUUUAGAGGUAACAGAUCCAACAGAGGAUACGGAAAUGCCAAUAGAGGUGGUAACCGAGGUAGAGGCUUCAAUAACAAUAGUAAUAGAGGCAACUACAAUAACGGUUACCAAAAUAACGGUUACCAGAAUAACGGUUAUCAAAACCGCUAUAAUGGAAAUAAUAAUAAUAACCGCUAUAAUGGCUAUAACAGAGGCCGCAAUAAUGGAAAUAGAGGCCGUAACAACAAUCAGAACAACUAUAACGGAAAUAAUGCAAAUGUACGAGUAAUCCAAGAUCAGUAG